UACUAUUGUAACGUGAUUUAUUAAUAAGUAGGCAAAACUAUUGAUACUUUUAACUUUCAGAGAUUAAUCUUUCGACUAACAUAUUUCACAUAUUUUUUCCCCCUUUGAUUUACAAUUGGUAAGUGAUAAUGUCGAAAGAUACGUCGACGAAUUCGGUAAAAGUGUCAAACGAAUUAGACUGGCUUAGUUUGUAUGGUACGAACGGAGGUAUCAAAACGGAAACGUUUGGUGAAAGAUUAAUACGCAAAUGUAAAGAGAAUCCUCUAGUACCUAUAGGUACUACAGCAACUACAGCUGCACUUACCUAUGGUCUUUGGAGCUUUUAUUGUGGAAAUGCUCUGUUAUCCCAAUAUAUGAUGCGUGCUCGAGUUGGAGCACAAGCCUUUACAAUUUUAUCUAUCGUCGGUGGAUGCAUUAUUGCAGGAAAUAAGGAUAAUGCCUAACAUAUUAUCAUUUAGUUGUUUACGUAAUAAUUAUUUACAAAAGUUGUUGCGUGUUCGUGAUGCUAUUUAGUAAUUAGUAUAAUUGUUAGUAAUGUUUCGAGUUCGA